CAAAAAAAAAAAAAAAAAAAGUAAAAAUGGAUGAAAUUAAUUGUAAUAAUAUAUUUUGUUUAACGUAAUAGAGCCAAAAUAUCUUUUCAACAUGAAUUGAUACAAAAUUUAAUGAUAUAUUUUACGUUCUUUUUUGUACUUAGUCUUGAGAUCCAGUGUAUAUUUUACACUUAGGACAUAUCAAUUCAGGCUGGUCACAUUUUGAGUACUUGAUAGCCACGUGUGGCCAGUAGCUCCUGUGUUAGAUAUGUAGGUAUAUAUGGAAGGUCAGACGCCAAAAGAGUGAACUCUGGCAGUUAUCAGUUUACUGUCUCCCAGCUCCAAAUCCAUCCUUCUCUGCCCUGCUUUGUGAUACUCGAGCUGGAUCCUGUAAACGCAUCUCCCUUGCCUGCUUGGCAGAAUGUUAGGCUUCGUCGGUAGAGGGUCCUGAAGUGGCACUGCAAAGCAAUAGCAGUAAGAAGUCACUUCUGGAUUCUGCUUCUCCAUUUUUGUUCACUGCAGGAGCCCGGCAGCCCCAGCAGAGGACCCCAGCUGUGCCUCAGUCACACUCCCCCACUUGGGAGCAGCUCCAGUGGGCUGCUUUCGGCCACUCCCUCAAGCAGCUGUCUCCCACUCUGGCCCUCUGACAAAUGUCUUCACCACUGGUGGCUGAAUGUACCUGUGGAAACCACGCCUUCGCCAAAGAAGGCGCUCAGCUUGAGGGAUUGGAGUGGGGAAGAGAGCCUAUCCUAGUCUUUAGUUCCUUAAUUUUCUUUUUACUUUCUCCUAGCCUAGAGGUAGUAGCUGCCUUUUUUUUUUUUUUUUUUUUGCAACUGCUACUUCUGAAUUCCUUAGAGUCCUUUUUUAUGCCUUUUAAAGGCAUAAAAGGACUAGUAACUUCUACUAGUUGACAAUUCAUUAAAAUUUCCCUGUUCAAAUGUCUGGUUUUGUCUCCUAAGCUUACCUUCACUGAUAAGACUCCUCAGUCUAUUAAGCCAUUUAAAAAUGGGGCCAAUAUGAAAUAAGUCAGACAAAGACAAAUACAAGUAUGAUUUCACUUUUAUGUGGAACCUAAAAGACAAAGGAAAAAAGAAAACAAAACUCACAGAGAACAGAUUGGUGGUUAUCGGAGGGGAAGUGGAUUGGGGUAGUUGGGCAAAAUGGGUGAAGGUGGUCAAUUGUAAUGUGACACAUAUUAACUAGGCUUAUUAUUGUAAUUAUUUUUUAGUGCAUACAAUAAUUGAAUUAUUAAGUUUUACACCUGAAACUGAUAUGUUAUAAACCAAUUUUACCUCAGUAAAAAAUAAAAAAUUGUCCAAAAAAAAAAAAAUGGGGCCAUAGGAUGGAUAUAUGUGCUGCUAACAAAAGCUAUAGGGAAUUGUAUAUAUGUAGCCUAGAUUAAAACUUUCCUUUCUAAAAGUUCUUUUGAAAUGUGCCUUGAGUGGAAAUAUAAUUUAGCUACUCUAUACCUAUUUGAGCAGUUCCAAUUUUCAUCUUUCUUUUUUUUUUCCUGUAUUUUGGAUAUAUGUUCUUUCUGUGGUGGCCUUGGCUUUCAUAUGAGAAUGAGACUCUAAUGUCCAGAGUUUGCAUGUAGGAAUCAGCAUUCAUGCAGGUCCCUUCCGAGUCCCUGCCAGUUUUACUAAAUGCAAUGAUCAAACAAAAGUCAAAUGUGGGGCUUGUCCACGGGCGUAUUAGGAGCAUAGAGUGCAUGGACUUUGGAGCCAGAUAAAGUUGGGGUUUGGUGGGGGGCAUAUUUUUUUGGAAAUUUCAAGCUAAAAUUAUAGCAUUUAUGCUCUAUGGAGGUGGGAUGGGUUGCUUUACACGUUUGUUCAGUUGGAACAGAUCCAAAAUAGUUUUUAAGAAAAUCUUGUCUCUAACAGUGGGUGCUCUUAAGAUCACUUUUGUGGAGAGAUGGAAAGGCCUCUCACUGAGUGGUAUUCUCCUUAGACUGCUCCAGUGUCAGAAGGGGAUGGCAUCUUUAUCCCCAGCUCCAGUGAUCAUACAGACCUGCCCCUAAUCAGCAAUGAUAUCUGUACCCAGAUACUUGUCAGAGAACAACAUUUAACUCUCUAUUGCCCAACAUUCAAAACCUCAUUUUUGAGAAAGUUUUAUGGAGGAGGCCCAAAAUUGAGUAAUCCAUCCAUUUCUUUAGAAAUUCUGAAUGAAAUUAAAACCACUGUGGAGACCUUUGUGCCUGGGUUGCGUUAUUUUGGCCACACAUCAGUUUCUGUUACUGCACUUGGCUUUGGGCUGUAUUAUGAAACAUAUUCAUGCCAAGGAUGACGCUAGUUCACUCUAACAUAAAAUAGUUUCUUUGAGGAUCCACAGGAGAAACUUCAGGUUUCAGAUCAGGAGUAAAUGUGCUUCUAAGCAACUAGUUUGCCCUUAUCUUUUAAAGUCUGAGUAAUGGAGCAAAUCACAUAUUAACAGCUUGGAGGUUCAGGCAAAUUUGCAGUCCAUCUGUAGCAAAUAUAUAGGACAUUAAUAGUAUGCAUUGUUCAGUACUUCUGGCUUUAUCUGAUUUUUAAAAUUCUUAUUUCUCCUUUGCUCUGAUUUCCAUUUAAAAAAAAGUUUUGUAUUAUGUUCUUAGAAAUUCUCAUUUUGGAACAAGGUAAAGUGUAAAUAAGUAUAUGGAAUGAAUGAGUUUAAAUCUUGUCUCUUUCACCAACUGACCAGAAUAAGUUUUCUCAGCUAUAAAAUGAGGAUCACGUCUUACAGACUCAUUGGGAUUAAAUGAAAUAAACGUGUGUGAAGCACCUGACAAGGCUCCUGACAUACUGUGUUCAUCGAGGAAAGCAGAGUGGUCCCCACGCUGGAAAUGAGAAAGGAUGACAAUUUCCGAGACUGACUGUUGACGGCUUGGAGAUACCCCCUUUUCAAAAUGCCUUUUAAAGCAUUUGAUACCUUCAAAGAAAAAUUUCUGAAACCUGGAAAGGAAGGAGUGAAGAAUGCUGUGGGGGAUUCGUUGGGGAUUUUACAAAGGAAAAUUGAUGGGACCAGUGAGGAAGAAGGUAACAUUGAGCUGAAUGAAGAAGGAAGGCCAGUGCAGGCAUCCAAGCAGAGCCCCCCACUCUGUGACUGCCACUGCUGUGGCCUCCCCAAGCGCUACAUCAUUGCCAUCAUGAGCGGGCUGGGAUUCUGCAUUUCCUUUGGGAUUCGGUGCAACCUUGGAGUUGCCAUUGUGGAAAUGGUCAACAACAACACUAUAUACGUUGAUGGAAAACCGGAAAUUCAGACAGCACAAUUUAACUGGGAUCCAGAGACGGUGGGCCUUAUCCAUGGAUCUUUCUUCUGGGGCUAUAUUGUGACACAAAUUCCAGGUGGUUUCAUUUCAAAUAAGUUUGCUGCUAACAGGGUCUUUGGAGCUGCCAUCUUCUUAACAUCGACCUUGAACAUGUUCAUUCCUUCUGCAGCCAGAGUACAUUACGGAUGUGUCAUGUGUGUCAGAAUUUUGCAAGGUCUAGUGGAGGGUGUGACCUACCCAGCCUGCCAUGGGAUGUGGAGUAAGUGGGCACCGCCUUUGGAGAGAAGCCGACUGGCCACAACUUCUUUUUGCGGUUCCUACGCGGGGGCAGUGAUUGCCAUGCCGCUGGCCGGCGUGUUGGUACAGUACAUGGGAUGGGCCUCUGUCUUUUAUAUUUAUGGUAUAUUUGGGAUUAUCUGGUACAUGUUUUGGCUGUUGCAGGCCUAUGAGUGUCCAGCAGUUCACCCAACAAUAUCCCAUGAGGAAAGGACCUAUAUAGAGACAAGUAUAGGAGAAGGAGCCAACUUGGUUAGUCUCAGUAAAUUUAAUACACCAUGGAAAAAAUUUUUUACAUCGUUGCCGGUUUAUGCAAUCAUUGUGGCAAAUUUUUGCAGAAGCUGGACCUUUUACUUGCUGUUAAUAAGUCAGCCUGCUUAUUUUGAAGAGGUCUUUGGAUUUGCAAUAAGUAAGGUGGGUCUCUUGUCAGCACUCCCACACAUGGUUAUGACAAUCAUUGUGCCUGUUGGAGGACAACUGGCUGAUCAUUUAAGAAGCAGAAAAAUUUUGACCACAACUGCUGUCAGAAAAAUCAUGAACUGUGGAGGUUUUGGCAUGGAGGCAACCUUACUCCUUGUGGUUGGCUUUUCACAUACCAAAGGGGUGGCUAUCUCCUUUCUGGUGCUUGCCGUAGGAUUCAGUGGUUUUGCUAUUUCAGGUUUUAAUGUCAACCACUUGGACAUUGCCCCCCGCUAUGCCAGCAUUCUCAUGGGGAUCUCAAACGGAGUGGGAACCCUCUCUGGAAUGAUCUGUCCCCUCAUUGUGGGCGCGAUGACCAAGCACAAGACCCGUGAGGAAUGGCAGAAUGUGUUCCUCAUAGCUGCCCUGGUGCACUACAGUGGCGUGAUCUUCUAUGGGGUCUUUGCUUCUGGGGAGAAACAGGAGUGGGCUGACCCUGAGAACCUUUCUGAGGAGAAGUGCGGAAUCAUUGACAACGAUGAAUUAGCCGAGGAGAUAGAACUCAACCAUGAGAGUUUCACGAGUCCCAAAAAGAAGAUGUCCUAUGGAGCUACCACCCAGAAUUGUGAAGCCCAGAGGAAGGAAUGGAGCGGACAGAGAGGAGCGACUCUUGAUGAGGAAGAGCCGGCAUCCUACCAGAAUGAAGACGGAAACUUCUCAGAUACAUCCUAAUGUCUGAGGGGCACUUCUGGCUCCUCCUCACUUUAGAACCAGAAAGUAUCCAUACCUAUUGCUUUCUAUUGCCAGAGGGUCAACUCUAGGGACACUGGAUGUGGGGUAGGGGAGAGGAGGUUUACCUAGCAAUAGGGGAAAGAUAGAUAUUUUCUUGCAAUGACAACCUGCUCUAAGUUGAUAAAAUGGGUGGCUAUAAUGUUUUUGAUUGGCAGUUGACUCUUCUCUCUAAGAACUAAACGUAUUCAGGAAAGAAUGACUAGAAAUAUAAGAAAGACAAUACCAUGUUUUUCAAAGAAAAGUGGAAGGAAAUGGGAAUAUUUGGCCUGGAGGAGAGAAAACAAUAGUUGCCACUACAUUUCUGAGAGCAGCCAUGCAGAGGAGGGUUCCCUACUCCUAAUAAAGGCCACGGCUUACAAAGGCCCUGUAU